UGACCGCAGUUUCAUAUCCCUGAUGACUUCCUAGUGCCCCGAAUGUUGACUGCCCUGUGCUUCAUCUCCGAUGUGUUCACUGAAACUGGAAGAGGCCAAACCCCAAGCAACUUCCUGGGAGGAGGCCAAAGGCUUUGGUGACCAAGGCUUUGGACAUUAGUUAGCCUUGCUCGAGGACCCUUAGGUGUGCUUCUUGCUCUGCUGCUGACUCAGCCCCUGAAAUUGCACCCGUCCCUGCCUGUUUCUCUCUCAGUUCCCCUAUUUGUAAUGUUAGGGCGACAAUACAACAUAGCAGCGGCGUGCCAACAUUCCCAGACUCCACGCGCUGCUGAAGUGCCAAGCAUUUCUCUUGUCGUUUAUGAGGCUGUGAUGUGAUGCUAAUUAUCGGUCUGAGCAUCUGUAGGAAGCCAGGUACAGCAUACAAUUGGAUAUGAGCACAUCUGGAAAACAGGCGAGAGAAUGAUUGACUGCCUGUGUCUUCUUCAUUGCUCAGAAUAUUUUUCACUGGCUGUACGCAGCUUGGUGUUUUUUGUUGUUUUCCUGUUUGUUCAUUUGAAUUUGGAAAUGGUCGCUUGUUGCUGGAGGAAUGUGACCAGAAACAUGAGGGGCAGGUCUUCCUCCCACAGCUUUGGGGAGAAGGGUUUCCAAGUUGCUGAGUCCCUGGACUUUAUUCACUGUGAUGAAGGAAACCAGUUUUCUUUGUUUGGUCUUUAAGUAAAACAGGAUACCAUUUUCCACGUCGGAGUUUGGCUGCACAGCUGUUCCUAGGUGUGCUGAGGAAUUUCUCCCGUGCCUGGCUGGCGGGUCUUGCUCAUGCACAGAGACUUAAAUGGAUGUCCAGAUUUGGGAUCAGGAAGGAAUUUCCUCCCAGGUCACAGUGGCAAGGAGCACUGUUUCAGUUUGGCCUUUCACUGCACCCUGGCCUGUGCCCCACUCCCUACAGUAAAGUUGGCAUAGUUUACUCAACCAAUUCUGUGCCAUUUCUUCUACUUUCUGCUGGUGGCAGGUUUCCAGGAUCGGUCUCUUCUGUCGUCCUACGAAAUCAUCGUCCCGCAGAGGCUCAGGACAAAGUGUCAUAUGUCAUUGAGAUCGAGGGGAAAGAGCACACGAUUCACUUAGAAAAGAACACACUAUUAUUACCCAAAGACUUCACAGUUUACAGCUACAAUGAGGAGGGGAAGUUGUACUCGGAAAACCCAGACGUCCGGGAUCACUGUCACUAUCAGGGAUACGUGGAGGGGAUACCAGAUUCUGCGAUUGCUGUCAGCACUUGCACUGGACUCAGGGGACUGCUGCAUGUGGGAAAUGUCACCUAUGGAAUUGAGCCCAUGGACGACGACUCGGACCUCAAACACAUAGUGUACCGCUUGGAGAAUGUGCAGAAAGAGCCCAUGGUGUGCGGAGUGAGCAGCACCGAUCCGGGAAGAGAGCCCACAGAGUAUGAGCAGCCUCCCGGCAUGACUCAGCUGCUGCGAAGUAAAAGAGCUGUUCUUCACCAGACAAGAUACGUGGAGCUGUUCAUCGUUGUGGACAAAGAAAGGUAUGAGGUCCAGGGUAGGAGCGAAGCUGCUGUGAGAGAGGAGAUGGUACAUCUGGCCAACUGCCUGGAUAGUAUGUACAUCAUGCUGAAUAUCCGUGUCGUGCUGGUCGGCUUGGAGAUCUGGAAGUACCAAAACCUGAUAAGCACCGAUGGAAGUGCUGGCGAUGUGCUGGCCAACUUUGUGCAGUGGCGAGAGAAGAAUCUUGUGACUCGCCGGAGGCACGACAGUGCGCAGUUUGUUCUGAAGAAGGGGUUUGGCGGAACAGCGGGAAUGGCCUACGUGGGAACAGUGUGCUCCAAGAACCACGCAGGAGGGAUUAAUGUGUUUGGACAAAUGAGCGUACAGAUGUUUGCAUCCAUUGUGGCACACGAGCUUGGCCAUAACCUGGGAAUGAACCACGAUGAUGAAAGAGAGUGUUACUGCGGCGCUGACAGCUGUAUUAUGAAUUCUGGAGCAUCAGGAUCCAGAAACUUCAGCAGCUGCAGCGCUGAAGACUUUGAGAAGCUAACUCUCAACAAAGGUGGCAGCUGCCUGCUCAACGUUCCCAGGCCGGAUGAAACCUACAGCGUCCCGUUUUGUGGCAACAAGCUGGUGGACACUGGGGAGGAGUGCGACUGCGGUUCCCCAAAGGAAUGUGAGAAGGACCCUUGCUGCGAAGCAGGGACUUGUAGACUCCGAGCGGGCGCGGAAUGUGCCUACGGCGACUGCUGUAAAAACUGUCGGUUCCUUCCAGGAGGCACCGUGUGCCGGGCAAGUAACAAUGAAUGUGACCUCCCUGAGUACUGCAAUGGGACCUCCCAGUUCUGCCAGCAGGACUUUACGGUGCAGAAUGGAUACCCGUGUCACAACGAGGAAGCCUAUUGUUACAACGGGGUGUGUCAGUACUACAACGCCCAGUGCCAGGCUAUCUUUGGCCCAAGAGCAAAGGCUGCCCCUGACAUUUGUUUUGCUGAAGUAAACUCCAAAGGUGACAGGUUUGGCAACUGCGGCUACCACGGCAAUGACUACAGAAAGUGUUCCACCUGGAAUGCCAUGUGUGGGAAGCUACAGUGCGAAAACGUGGGAGCCCUGCCUGUGUUUGGGAUAAAACCCGCCACUAUUCAGACCCCCAUUGGACGCACCACGUGUUGGGGCGUGGACUUCCAGCUCGGAUCCGAUGUUCCCGAUCCCGGAAUGGUGAACGAAGGGACCAAAUGUGACGCCGGAAAGAUCUGCAGACACUACCAGUGUGUAAGCGUCUCUGUUCUGAAUUACGACUGUGACGUAGACAGCAAAUGCCAUGGACAUGGGGUGUGCAAUAACAACAGGAACUGUCACUGUGAUGCAGGCUGGGCCCCUCCGUAUUGUGACUCGACAGGAUACGGGGGAAGCAUAGACAGUGGGCCUUCCUAUAAUGACAAAGACACCUCGCUGAGAGACGGGCUUCUGGUGUUCUUCUUCCUGGUCCUCCCGCUUCUUCUACUUGCUGUGCUGGCAUUUGCACGGAGAAACCAGCUGAAGCAAAGCUGCGGGAGACUGAUAUCACGCUGUCGCUCUUCCAAUUCCAGAUCACAUCGAACUCCUCCUCCUCUCCCUCGGCCUCCUGUAGAGACAGACCGCAGGCACUUCCAGCAGAGCACGCCAUACAAUUCGAGAGGCGUACCCACGGAUGUGCAGGCCAACCAGCGCCCCGUGCCAGCUUAUUCAGUCAAUCAGUAUCAUCAGCAUUACCAGCCAGCCUAUCACCAGCCUUACUACCAUCCUCUGCAGUAUCAGGAGCAGCUGCAGCAGAAGUUACCUACCAGGCCACCUCCACCGCAGCAGGGACAAUGCAUUCCUUCUCGGCCGGCACCUUUACCUCCCAAGUAGCCUUCGAGUCCUCUGCCUCUCACCCCGAGCACUGAGUUCUCAGCUGAAAUUGUAUGUUAUCCUUGUGCCGAGCAACCUGUGAUUUCCCAGAAAGUCUUCCAUCUGCACCAUUGGAUAAGGAAAACAAGACUGAAUAAUACCAAGGACUGCAAAACUUUAAAAUACCUCUACCAAAGCUACAGGGACUGAAUACGUGAAGCCUGCUUUUAGCCCUGUGUGUGCGUCGUGGCUUUGCAAACUGACGUUGGACGAGCCUGUCGGAAGCUGUUCGGUCUGCAUCAAACAAUCCUUGACGUGCAGCACUUGGGAUGUCUUUGCUUUCCCCGUUGCUUGAAGAGACGUAAUCAUGGAGUUUUAAUGUGGGUUUUCUUAUGUGUUUUCAUUUUUGUGUGUCAAAUGGAGGAGGAACGAUUAGCCGUGCAGGAUACAGCUGUCAAAAACGGAACGGAGAAAAUCAGGCCAGUUGAGGGAAACCACCUUGGUUUUGCGUGGACUGCAUGGUAUCCAGUUGUACGCGACUUAGAGCACAAGUGAAAUAAGGUGUUGGUAUACUUUCAGAGGAAGAUAAUUUAUACUGUAAACGUGUGUGUGCGCGUGCGUGUGUGUAUGACUGUUAGCGGCGUCUAACGCUUCACUUUUUAAGCAGCAAAAAAUGGAUACUUUGGACUGACUGACACUAAGUUGUAGGGAAUUACAGACAGUAGAAGAGCCAAACUCAAAGUGUUUUUAGGUAAAAAAAUAAAAAUAAAAAUCAUGUAAGUAGCUAGAGCAGCAACCUCUACUAAUUCCCCACUAAUAUUUUUAGAUGGGUUGUAAAAGAACAGGUACGAAAAAUGCAGUAUUUCUUGGCUCGGGAGAGGGCGUGCUUUUUAUUUUGUUAUUCAGGCGUAUGCGGGAGCCGUGAUGAAGACUACAACGUGGGCUGACCGCUGUGUUGCGUUGGGUAUGAGACCGCUUGAGAUGUCUCAAGCGCUUCCAAGCCUGGCACCCGGAGAACACCAUUUUGCACCACCUUUCCCACGGGGAUGUUAGUGUCAGUCACGGUCGAUCGGACAGCCACCCACCUGCACAUCGUUCGUUUUUGUAUUUUCAUUUUUUAAAAUUGGGUUUUAAAGCUGUAUCUGGAAGGAAAAAAAAAAAGACCCGUUCAGGCGUCAGUCGAAGUGUGUCAGCGUGCGACGUGCGAGCGGCGGUGAAGCACAGCCUCGUGGGAGUCGCUGACUCGGUCUGGUGCGGGGGGAUGCAGCGAACAGUGCCGGGCAGCAGUGAAACCUGGACAAAAGCAAUGCUGAAGCUUUUUCACUUUGGCCACUAAAACACGUGUUUUUGUAAACGCCCCCCUAAUCUUUGCCAAAAAAACCCACCCACCCUUUAACACCGUUGUGUAUAUGCAAAUACAAAUCUAUAUAACGGUCACAUUUGCAGUAAUAAAAUACUUGAACUCC